GGAAGAAGCCCGGCUUGACACGUGUCUCCUGCGUGGGGUGGGGGGGGGGGGUUGCCAUGGACGCGUGGCGCGCCACGCGCGUGUCGGCCUUGAUGAGGCGCACAUGUGCGGCGGCGGCCAGCCGCUGUCCGUCAAAGUGCGCGCCCAACGCCUCGAAUUCGGGCGAGCUGGCACUGUCCCGCUCAUCGUGCGCGCGCCAGCAAAACACGAGCGCACGUGCAGCCCUCCGCUGCACGGGCGCUUGGAACUUGCCGAGCCGGCAAGAUCCGAGGGGCAUGGCGCUCCCGGGUUCUGGCGGAGGCUGCGCAUCAUCAUCAUCAUCAUCAUCAUCAUCAUCAUUCGCGGUCUCAGGAGCAUCUAGUCCACAACAGCCAAUGACUUUUUCGCGACUCGCGCCAUUUCCCCCCCUAGAGAGUGGCGGUCUUCGCUGGAGCAGGGCCGUCAUCUCUCCCCUGCCGGCAGUGGGCGGGACCUGGGGAUCCGACGGCGGCGACUGCAUUGGCGAGCCCGCGGCAGCUGCCAGACCGCCCCGAUCGUUCGGUCAGCCAUCUUCAGCGCGCUCGAAAGAUUGCAAAUGCAGCUUGGCGCGCAGUGUCAGCGGAAUGCCCGCCCAUUGGAACACCAGCUGGAGUAAGAGCGGAAGAGCAUGGUCCUCUACUGUCUCGCAAUCCACUUCCGGUUCGCGCUCACGGUCUCCGCCGCUUCCGCCGCCGCCGCGGCCGUCGCCAGGGCGGCCGAGCGCGCCAGAAGGCGGCGUGCCACCAGUACAGACACGUCGGCCGAAUAGCAGACUAGAGCGGCCACGGAUCUUGACGAAGGAAUUCGUCGGCCUCGAUCCGUGGGCGCAUCUUUAUUAUCGGAGGUACGUCAGCUUCCGACGCGCUGCUGUGUACGGGUGCAGGGGCGGAGGAUGCGCAGGGCCAUUUGUGCGAGGAUGGGGAGGGGGAGCGCGGGGCUUGAACGGUGUUCUUCUGAAAGAUCGGCUUCGCUUUAGUAUGCGCUACAGGGUGAGGUUUUUCAGCUCCCUGACGGACGCGUCAAGCUGUUCGCCGAGGGAGGAGUAUCGUGCAGAAGGUGGUCGGUGUGCGAUCCCGGCUGCUGCGCUCGGGUGCAGGGGUGGCGGCGGAGAUGCGGGGACGCCGAUCAUGCGGGGAUGGGGAGGGGGGGGAGGUUGGGGCUCGAGCGCUGUCCCCCUUUUGGCAGAUCGCCUCCGCUUCAGUACCCGCUGCUACAGGGUGAGGCGGCUUUUCAGUUCCUCGACGCACGCGUCAAGCUAUUCGUAUGCGGAAGAGUAUUUUGGAGAUGGCGGUCAUUCUGCGAUCUCUCCAGAGAUGGUGGUGGAACAAGGCGAAGCUGAAGAGGUUCUUCCUCGAAUCAGUGAAGAGAUGGUGGAGAUCAAGUUUGCGAGGAGCGGAGGGCCUGGUGGGCAGAAUGUCAACAAAGUGAACACAAAGGUUGACAUGAGGUUCAAUGUCAUGGCCGCUGACUGGCUCCCGGAGCGGGUAAAACUCAAGUUAAUGCAAAUGGAGAAAAACAGAAUAAAUAAAGAGGGAGAGUUGGUAGUCUCCUCCACACGACACAGAAAUCAGAAGCAAAAUAUUGAAGAUGCUUUGGAGAAGUUGCAGGCAAUGGUUGAUGCGGCAGCAUAUGUUCCAGCUGAGCCAUCGGCAGAGAAGAAGGCACGGAUAAAGAAGCUUGCAAAGGCGGAAAAGGAGAGGAGGCUGGCCGACAAGAAGAAACGUUCAGCUAAAAAGGCAGAUAGGCGCAACAAGGGCAGCUGGGACUAGCUAAGCAGCAGUCAGUCUUUGGAGAAGAAGAAUCACAUCCCUUCCUGGACGAGGUCUACUACGUCUGUUCCUGCUUGAUUGAACCCCAGAGGAUGUCACAGUUUGUUGUCAGCAUGGUGCUCUCUCUCUCUCUCUCUCUCUCUCUCUCUCUCUCUCUCUCUCUCUCUCUCUCUCUCUCUCUCUCUCUCUCUCUCUCUNUCUCUCUCUCUCUCUCUCUCUCUCUCUCUCUCUCUCUCUCUCUCUCUCUCUCUCUCUCUCUCUCUCUCUCUCUCUCUCUCUCUCUCUCUGCCUUCUCAUGCAGAGGAAGAAGAAAAAGAGGAGGGGAGGGUGAAUGGGUAAAUGGAGGAGACCCUGGAAUUGGAGGGGGGAAAAGGGAGAACAAGGGUAAGGAGAAGGAAUAGGGGAACUAGGACUGUGGGAAGGGUUUUGGGACGGGGAAGAAGAGAGAGGGAACAGGAAUGGAAAUGGAAAAUUGAAGUAUAGAAUCAAAGCAGCUCCAUGCU